UGUGGAGGGCUGCGUUCACCGGGCAGUUACUCCGGAACCGUUGCCUUGACGACACGCAUCCGCGCAUGCGCGUAUGCAACGCUACGGGUGCACCACGAUCGCGUCACGAGCACCAGUUGCGUUCGCCACCCUCAUCUUCCUCGCUAUUACAAACUUUUCUCCACCUCUGUUGUUAUCUCCCGGCCCGCUGGAACCACCGCUACCAUUAUAUCCGUUACACCGCUAGUGUCUCGCAACCAUUGCUCGUUGUCUUGCCCGCUGCCAUUGUUCUUCCUUCCGUUGUCAUCGUUGUUACUGUUGCUACCACCACCCACCAUCGCGUCACCACCACCUUCACCACCAUUGGCACCACUCUACCGCGUUACAGGUUGCCACUUUUGAUGCUGUUAUCGUCGUUUCCCGGUCUCUCGUUAUCUUUCUCGUUAUCAUUUGCAUCUUCCGUGAUCGUUUCAUUCAGCGAUAUUCUACGACUUUCCUAUUCUCAUUGUCAGCCUCUUUCAACGUUAGCGUUCUUUUUUCUUGUAAUUGCACAAGCAAAGAGAGAUAUUACUCGAAGGGAGAGCACCCUGUAUUAGGUAUGCGUAUCGUUCCAAACGGAGAACGUUGUUUACAUAUGUCUAUGCGUGUCUUAUUACGCCGCAUCGUCGACGCGGUCGUCGUUGCGUUUCCUUUGAAAAGUUCGACACGGAUAGUUUAGAAGCUACUAGGUACCUACUGUUCCAUUUCGAGAUUACCCUCUACCUUCCGGUGAUUGCAUAGCUCGACCUUCGAUUCCUCCAUUUCACCGUUUUCUCCUUCCCCAGCUGCGCCACCGCCACAACUACCACCACCUUCGUCGUUACCACCACUUCCGUCACCUCCAUCAUUUCCACCACCAUCACCACCUCCGCUACUACCACCUCCAGCUUCAUCUCCACCUCCAUUUCCUCCUCCUGCCGAUUUUCCCUCUCCUAUUCUAUCGCAUUCUCCACCUCUUCCUGUUCCUUCUGCGCGGUUCGCGCAUACCCUUACUACGAGCGGCUGGCUGUCAUGCGUCGACGGUGCUUCUGAUAAGGCGCGACCGUAUCGGACCGUUCUUGUCGAUAAUCCGUGAUCGACUCGUCAACGUUCUGUUUGCUCACGGUUUGCGUCGAUUCUUUCGUAUCAAACCGCUUGAUUUCAGUGAUUUUACGGUGAGACCGUGAAAUUUUUCACGAGGCAAAUUCUCCGAUAGUUUCGGCUGGUCGAUUGGUUCGCGGGACAAGCAGCGUAGAAAUUUACUCUACGAGCAUUGCCCGAUCGAUUCGCAACGUCGAUGCUCUAUUUAUCGUUUCGUGCAACGCUGUCGUCCGAUCGUUCAUCGUACGUUCAUCAAAUUUCGACCAACGAUCGAGUGUGUCGCUGCCACAGCGAUAGGAAGAAUCGGAAAACUAAGACGGAGAAAAAGUGGUUUGAGAAGGAAGCAAGGGAAAAUCGAAAAGUGAGAAGACACCCCUGGGUGAUCGAUUCGGCUGUUGAUGUAUGGUGACCGUGACCGAGAGCGGGACCGGGACCGGGACCGUGACUGUAACCGUAAUUGUGACCGUGACGUCAAAUUUUGGUGUAUUUCGAUCGAGAAGGAAAAGACAACAGGCUGGUGUUGAUCGAUGUUUCAGCGUGAAUACGUUACAGCGAACGAUCGUAAGAAUAUUAGCGAGAGUUAGUGGAGGAACCACGAGUGCGCUGCCGUUCGAUGUUUUGCUGUCGUCGCGAAACCUGCCGCUGUACUUUAACGUUGAAAAAAGCAGCGGCAGGUCGUCGUUUUCGUUUGAGUUUCUUUCGGAGAGCAUGAUGCAAUAUUAUAUAGCAAACUGUGGAAACUCGAGCCGAAUCGAUUCGUCAACAUAGUCCACACGAUAGCAGAACGAAAGGUCAGGCCGUACCUAAGACCGGAGAAACCAGAAGGAAGAGAAAGAAAGCAAGUGGGAUUAGUUGCGUUUAGUUAAUUCGAAGGAAACAAUCGGCGAAAACAUGGAAUUCCUUUGGACAACUCGAUACGAUUACUCGUUGCUCCUGGAACGCGCCGCUUUUGCUCUCUACUUUCAAAUCAAAUAAGAUUAAUACCUUCGCUGUCUUUAAUUAAAAAAGGUUACAAGGACGAAGGAGAUGAUUCUUUGGGAACGUUGAAGUCGACGUUGAUCGAGAAACACGAUAGACUGGACACGAUCUCGCCAAGGGUACCGCGAAAAAUGACGUUGCGUGUGAUUACUCGAAACGAUCGUCUAACUGUUGGAUUCGCGACAGAGGUUAGAAACGGAUGAUCGUUUUCGAUGUAGAACCGAUGCGACUCGAAUAGCGGUGCGAGUUGCGUUUGCAUUUCGUAGGAAUAGACGCGAUUCACGCGUGUAUAGCAAUCAAGGGUGAACCGAAAGGCAAUCCGAGAUUAAUCACGGAGCAUGAUCGUCCAGGAGGAAGACGCAAGGUUAACGACGCUAACGCAUUUCAAAAGUUUCCAAGCAUCGUCGACAACGUCUGACGAGGAACUCUGUCGAGAAAUCGGAACGUUGCGGGAUAAACGAGAAGAGCGAGUCGCAACGUUUCGUUGAUCGGCUGUUCGUUAUCGGACGCGAGGAAUCAGCACAGAGGAAAGAAACAAGGCGUUUGACCGGCGCGGCGCAUACACGACGGUUUGUCCCCGUGGCUGUUCCUCUCUAUGUUGGAUCGAAUCAGGGUGCAAAGCCGCGCGAUCGCCAGGGCGAGAGGUUCGUCGAUUCGGUAUAGUGUCGAGGGCACCGAAUAAUCAACGUCGUUGUCUUCAAGAGAAAGAAAGGAAAAUCGGCUGAUAGCAAGGGAAGCGUGGCGUGACAAUAGUUGGUGUUUGUCGGAAGCGAAAGAACGAAUAAGAAGUGGAAAAAGGACGUUGAUCGCGAGGUGGAUGGUUAAUCCUCGGUAGGUCGCCACUUUGGGAGCAGACACAGUCUGGAACCAGAACCGGGACCAGAGUCGGAGCCAAAGCCACAGGAAGAAACAAAGCUUGAGUCAGAGUCUCAAAGUUAGAGUCAGAGUCAGAGUCAGAAUCAGAGUCAGAGUCAGAAUUAGAGUCAGAGCAGGAGCAGCAACGUUUCUACGAUUCUCCGCCACCACGAAUGGACGUGAGCGUGUGCUGCUUGCCCGCCAGUGCCGGCUCGGGGGCCCAGCACCCUCAUCCAGCGAGUUUGCCUUCCGGCGGACAGCCGACGAUUCAACCACCCUAUCAAUAUGCCGAUCAGAUAGUACCGGAUCGGGGUCAACCCGACGGAUUGCCGGUACUCGGUUGUACCGGUCAGGAUAACUGGCAGCAGAUCUCCUCCGCUUCGAACGUCGUUGGUGCUGUCACCGCUGCCGCCGCCACCACCACCACCACCACCUAUAUCGAUUACUCCUGGUUGCAGAUGCAGCAGACAUCGGACCUGGACACUUUGCUAUGUAGACAGGAUCUCGACCGACUGCAGAAGCUCGACGAAGAUGACCCGGAGAAGGAGCCGAGGGAGUCCUCGGUGCAAAUGGAGGACUUCUUCGAGGUUGGUGGGCCGGUGUGUCGACCGCAGGCGAGCUUCGUCUCGUCGAGGAGUCAACCGGCGGGAAACGACGACGAUGUGUUCCUUAGGCCGCCGCUCUGGGAGGAUAUCACCUCGAGUAUACAAAAACUGGACCCGGAGAACGCCGACAUGCUGGGCUCGCAGUCGCACGUCAAAAUGGAAACCGACGACGUCUCGUCGCCGGUAUUGUCGCCUGUCGAGAUCAAAACCGAGCCGCUACCUCCGCCACCGACCUUGCACCUUCUCGAAGGACCCGCUUCGAACUCGGUGUCGGGCUACGCGAACGGUCAUCCGAACCCUCCGACCGGCCCGCAAGUUGUUCAUCACCGGACCGCGCCUGCCGCUUUCAAGACUUUCCCCCCUAACAACAACAGCAACAAUAAUAACAACAAUAACAACAACACGAGCGCCAAUAACAACAGCACCGGUACCGCCAACAACGCCAAUGGCAACGGUAACAACAACAGCAACAACAACGCCAAUGCGAACGGUAACAGCAACAGUAGCAACAGUAACGGUACCGGGAACAGCAACAACAAUAACAACAACAACGACUCGACGACGACUCACCACGGAGGCGGGAAUCAGAUCGGUGGCAGCGCGACGUCACCGCUCUACGGCUCGAUGACUAGGUUAAUGUACAUUUCCCCGCUCACGCCGCCGAUUUCCGAUCCUGGAUCUCCGAUAGGGGCUCCACCGAGGCGGACGCCGCCUCCACCCUAUCCACAGCCGUCCAUUAUGAAUGCUCCUCAUAGGAUUCAAGCCCCGAGCAUCACCACGAAAUUCAACAGGCGAAACAAUCCCGAGCUGGAAAAGAGACGCGUUCAUCACUGUGAUUUCAUAGGUUGUACAAAGGUCUACACGAAGAGUUCGCAUUUAAAGGCGCAUCAGCGGAUACACACAGGUGAAAAACCGUACCAGUGUCAGUGGCCAGAGUGCGAAUGGCGAUUCGCCAGAAGCGACGAAUUAACUCGUCACUAUCGAAAGCACACCGGUGCGAAGCCCUUCAAGUGUGCCGUGUGCGAGCGUUCCUUCGCCAGAAGCGAUCACCUAGCACUCCACAUGAAACGGCAUCUUCCGAAGCAGCACGCCAAGUGACCAUACCGCUCUUCCGAGAUUCCAUCUCCGUCUCCGUCUCCGUCUUCGUCUUCGUCUUCGUCUUCGUCGAACGACUCUUCGAGUGUACGCGUUCCUAACUAUGCCGAUCUCUUCGAGCCUCUCCCAGAUUACCAGGAAGAAAUUUGCAAACUUAACUCUUUCUUUUAAUCCAGCUCGAAUUCGAGCAUUGGGUGGAAAAUCCUUGGAGAGUCUCUAUGCGCGUUUCUCUUAUUCCUAAUUAUAUUUUCGUUCGAACUGAUUUCGCGAUAUUCCGAAUCGUCAUUCUUAUUUUCUGUUACAUUUUCGUGGAUAGUGAUUGGAAAGUAAUCGUAUAAACAAACGAGUGUCGUGGCGAACGAAGAAUCUUCGAUUGAAUCUUUCGCUGACUUCAACGAUGCGUGAGACGACGAGAAGGCUUUCGAUAGUUUCGAUCGCUGCUUUUUACGAAUGUUAAUCGCUUCUCUCGAUACACGAUAAUCGUCGAGAUAAUAGCUUAUUUACCGCUCGUGAUUACGAAUACGUUACCGUGUUUGUUCGCCCGAUACGAUGAAAGGCAUACACGCAGUUACGAUCGUAGUGGCUGGACCACUACCACUCUACUACGUGUUUUCUGCUGUUUCAAGAUAGUCGUUUUUAAAUAAAUGUUAACGAUAAAUAUAAAUUGCAUUUAGCGCUGAGACUUUAGAUUUCGAAAGAUUUGUCGCAUUGCGAAGUUUCGUUCGUUGCCCGAACUACGCCAUAGACGUAAUAAAAACAAACGAAAUGUCAGGUACGUAAUUUGCAGAUUCGUAUAUCUAUCAACGUUAGAGCGAACAUUUCUGUCUCAAAUUCUCUUGAAAUGCGAGGUAAAUCUUUAAUUGGUAACGUUCAUCGGUGUGAACGACUCGUGAGUAAAAUCGUCUAAUUUUAAUUCGGACUGCGUUCUAUGGUUGAAAGUUUUCGGCAAUUCCAUCUGUCGCUAACGAGCACGUUCCGAUUUACUACGAUAUAUCUAUCUAGAUCUUUCCACUUUCGGCUGUAUAAUUUACAAUUUACGUUGACUCGUUGACGUGUAAAAUAUCUUCUUCUUGAAAUCCGAUGUUCGUGCAAAGGUUAACUGAACGCGCGCUGUUCAACCGACGAGACGACAUUGCAACAGAAAUGUAAUUUUUCGAGAGUGUGAGUAAUUUUGAGCAACUGUAUCGUUAAAAUGUUCGUCGGUGAUAGAUAUUAAAAUUCCGUCUAUUUCGUUCGUGCGAGGCGAACGAGUAAAUCGAGCAAACGUUCGAACACGGAGCAAUCAGACGUGAGAAAGGCUAAAUUUUUUGCGAGAACGGCUGCUGCUAGCAGUAUAAUGGCAUCUAUUUUGUACUAAGCUAACCACAGUAGCGAGGGAGCCGAUUGCAAGAGGACGCGAACGUCGAUAAGAAUGCGCAUAGAAAAUUCUCCGCUCCGAAGAAAGCGUUAAUUUAUUUGCCUGUGUACAUAAUGAGGAUAUGUCUAUAACGAGUUAAGUUGAGAAGUGGUUUGUUCACUGGUGAUCUUUUUAUCGCGAUUUUCCGUCGCUCGCAUUCGUUUGCAUCGAAUCCCCUCCGUUCCGCAACGAGGAAAGUCAAUCUAGGUUUUGUCGAACAAUCGCUAGAUCCAUAACCAUGCUCUCGAUACGACUUACGCGAGAAGAGUCGACUUAUUAUAGUGAUGCCUUAUGUACAAAUUCGUUUAGGUACGUUUCGUCUACGUAUAUGUGUAUAUUAUAUGUAUGUAUAUGUAUAUUGUAUACGUGUAUAAGUAUGUACGUAUACACAUGUGUAUGCAUAUAAAUAUAAAUAUACGUAUAAUCGUCGAAAACUGUCACGCCGCAUUCUUUGCGGCUAAAAGGUCUAUGCACUUUUAUGUGUGUAUACGUGUAAAAAAGCGAUGCAUAUCCAAUACGUAUGUAGUUAGUGUAAUAUUAUCUGUAUAAUAUGCGAUUUAAAUAUUUGAACCGGUAACUUUCGCGUCGAUUCUGCGAUUUUAUCUUAUUUACAUUCGCGAAAAAUGGUACGCGUAAUAUAUACAUACUUAGAUACGAUAGAUAACAAAACUACGAUUUUCCUUAAUCGUGAGUUAAAAACGAAAAAAAGAGAUUUUCGCGAAGCAAUGUAAUAUCUUCCCUUUUGUUCCUCGUCGUGUUCUUUUUUUUUUUUUUGAUCUCUGUAUUCUUUUCGUUUUUCCUUCCUUCCUUCCUUUUUUUCUUCUUAUUCGGCUAUCCUAAAUGAAAUGUGAAAGGCUAACGCACAACUAGUUGCAAAAACGUACGUAUUAUAACAAUUAUUCUAUGAUUUACCGUUUUCUACUACGGAAACAACUAUAAAUGUUUGCGUUUAACUUAAAAAUGUCACGUUUCGGUUUCCAAUUACUUCCGAUAGCCAAUUUUGCCUUCCUCUUAUAUUCGAAAGUACUAUUUGAGAAACAACAAAUUCACAAACGUAUAUAAAUAUUCACGAAUCUAUGCUAUUAAUUAUGCUAACACUCUUCGAGAUAAAGGGUUAAAUCUGCUUCGCGACAUUUUAACCCGCAUUACCUCAUUUUUUCGGCACUCUUCUUCCAUGUCUGAUCUUCGAUCAAUCCGUUCGCUAGGCCAACAUUAAUCUUAACACAGAUAUACCUCAUUUACCGAAAUAGAAAAUUCAAGGCUGUUGUGACGAAAUUUCACGCAUUUUCCUACACGAUUUCCUAGAAUUUUGUUCAUAAUGUUUGUAAAUCGCUGUAAUUUGUGUGUUGUGUAAUUUAAAUAUAUCACGAUAUAUACGUAUUAUAUUAUCGCAAAUAAACGCGUUUAAUUAUCCGCA